AUCUGAGUUUACAGUGUUGUGCUGAUGUUCUUCUCAACUGGUCGUGUUUCUUUUCAAGCUCUCCAUCGCGGAAAUAUCAAAGUCAACAUGCGUCUGUUGAUUGCCCUCUCAGCAGUACUGCUGGCUAUUGUUGCGGUUCAGGCAGGUCCAGCUAAAGAAAAACCAACCAGUAAAUGUACCAAGGCGUGCUCUUUUGAUUAUACACCGGUUUGUGCUGGAGCCAAGGAUAGCAAGGAUAAACCAAUCAGCUUCGGUAACGUUUGCGUUAUGGAGAACUACAACUGCGAUAAUAAGAAGAGUUUGGCCGUAUUAUCUCAAGGUGAAUGUCCUGGAGGCGGUGGUGUGAGAUUGCAAUAACGAAAAACAAACAUGACGAAUUGAUUAUGCUCGACUUCUGCGAAUAUGU